AUCUGUGUCUCUCUCCAGGGAUGGAUUCCCCCCGAGAUCUUUUCGAUGACCCUGCCCCCCAGAUGCACCCAUUUGCCCCCCCUCCCAGCUCUACGGACGUCCUUGGAGAUCAUCCUCAGCCCAGUGGAGGUCGCCCUGCUCCUGCCUUUCGACCCCCUGGCUUCCCCCUCAUCCACCACCUCCUCCAGCCAGGUGGAGCCCCCAGGAGGAUUGGAGGGCAACUCAACACAACCCUGAGCCCACACCUGGAAGACAGAAAUCUGGAGGACAGGGGAGAGAGAAAAGGACAAAUGGAGCGAGGGAUGGAAGGAGGAGAGGAAGGAAUGAUGAAAGAAGAGGACAGCUUGUUGGGGGUUAAGAAGAGGCACAGCGAUGCCGCCCUCGUGGCCGAGUGGAGUCAAGACGUCUUGAAAGUGAAGAGGAUGAAGCUGGAGAGCCGACCAAGAGAAGAAGAGGCAGAGGAGGGAGGCAGGAGGCGCGAGGGAGAGAGGGAGGGGAAGAGAAAAGAGAGGGAGGUGCUGAAAGAACAGCUGGAGGAGGCAAGAGAGAGACUGCAGGCCCUGCAGGAGAAAGUAUGCAGGGCUUUUGGGGAAAAGCACAUGGCAGAGGAGGAUGAGAAGACAAGGAAGUGUAGAAACAGAGGAGGAGAUGGAGGAGAAGGAGAUGCUGGGAUGAUGGAGGAGGAGGAGGACAUAAGAGAAGGGAUGUACGAUGAAGAGGAUGGUGGAGAGAUGGAAAAGGAAACUUUCUCCCUUCUUUCUGUUUCACCUUUUGACAACUUCCACAGACAGAGAGAAGAGAAGCAAAAAGACAGAGGAGAGAGAGGAAGUGGAGGAGGGUUGCACUUGGAGAGUGUGAUAGAGGGAGCCGGGUUGUGGUUGGAUUGUGGAGAUUGGCAUGGAGGGAUAGAAGACGAGGGCGAGGAGGGGGGGAAGAAGUUUGCCCAGGCCCUGAAGCUGGAGUUGGGCAGCGCCGUGGCUCGGGUCAUCGACCGAGUUCUCCGCCUGUACACUGACAUGACCCAUGUCACGUCUUCCUCUCCUCCUGCCGCCAUCGCUUUCCUCCCAGCCGACGCAGGAAACGAUGAAGGGAGGGAGGAGGGGGCGUGGGUGGGUCUGUUAACGAGAGGCAGAGGGGAGGAAAAGGUCAGAGGUACAGUGGAAAACAUGGGAAGGCAGGACGAAGAAAGAGAGAAGCAUCUCCAAAAGAGGAGCAACGGGGGCGCCCUGCCUCCUCGCACUGAAGCUUCCCAUCUGGCCAUGCCAUUGGCGGUUCAAAGGUCACCUGACAUACGAAAGGCCCACCCAUUCCUUGGCCCACCCCUCUCCACUCACCUAAAUCCCUCCCAUCCGAACCUCUCCCUCCAUCCCCCU